AUCCUGGAUGAGUUCCCCAACUCCGGCAGCAGCUUGCUUUGGGGCGUGACUCUGCACCUUGCAGGUCAGGGAGUCCAGAAAAGGGACCCGGGAGGGAGGGCCUCCCGUCUGCCGGAGCUCUGAAAGCCAGGGGAGUUGAUGGGAGCUUGUCUGAUUGUCUACUCAUCGGCCUGGACCCCAGAGCCAACCCAGCUGAGUGAGUGCAGAGGGUCCCAGGUGAGGGGCACUGCUCAGGCCUGGGCAGCGACUGCCCUGGAGAAGCUGAUGGUGGUGGAGACAGACCGUUCCUGCUGAGUUGGGCCUCUACAGUCCCUGCUCAGGCGCUGUCCACACCCCAAGGCCUGGGCUCAGGCCGAAGUUGCUCCACAAUACCCUCAGCUGACAGCCAGCGACUGGCAGAGUCCCCAAGCACGGGGGCCCUCUGUUUACCAGAGAUAUCCAGUGUGACAGCCCAGGCGGCAGAGCCGAGGGUUCUGGUCCCGGCCUCUCUCACCCUCAUGUCAGCCCCGGCCCCGCCCGGCGGCCCGAGGAGGACAAGGUCAGGAUGCGUGUGAAGCCCCAGGGCCUGGUUGUGACUUCCAGUGCCGUGUGCAGCUCUCCUGACUACCUCCGAGAGCCCAAGUACUACCCCGGCGGCCCCCCAACCCCCCGGCCCUUGCUUCCCACCCGCCCCCCUGCCAGCCCACCUGACAAGGCCUUUUCCACCCAUACCUUCUCCGAGAACCCACGCCCACCCCCACGUCGGGACCCCAGCUCCCGGCGUCCACCAGUCCUUGCCAAGGGAGACGACCUGCUACCCCCUCGGGCAGCCCGGCCUGUCUCCCAGGCCCACUGUCCCACACCGGCCCCAGACAACAACUCCCUCCGUCACUGGGACAACGGGCGUGUGAACCUGCAUCCGGUGGUGCAGCUGAUUGACAUCAUGAAGGACCUGACACGGCUGUCCCAGGACCUGCAGCACAGUGGUGUGCAUCUAGACUGCGGCGGGCUGCGACUGAGCCGCCCACCCGCUCCACCGCCCGGCGACCUGCAGUACAGCUUCUUCUCUUCACCCAGCCUGGCCAAUAGCAUCCGCAGCCCUGAGGAGCGUGCGACCCCUCACGCCAAGCCAGAGCGGCCCAACCACCCCCUCUAUGAACCUGAGCCCGAGCCCAGGGAUAGUCCCCAGCCUGGCCAAGGCCAUGGUCCUGGAGCCACAGCCACGGCCACUGGUCUGCCCCCAGAGCCUGAGCCAGAUGGGCCUGACUACCCUGAGCUGGCAGACGCUGACAUCCUCAGUGAACUUGCCUCCCUUACUUGCCCUGAGGCCCAGCUCCUGGAGGCUCAAGCCCUUGAGCCUCCUUCACCACAGCCUGAGCCGCAGCUCCUGGACCCCCAGCCCCGCUUCCUAGACCCACAAGCACUAGAGCCUCUAGGAGAAGGUUUGGAACUACCACCCCUGCAGCCUCUUGCGGAUCCUCUGGGACUGCCGAGCUUGACUCUGCAGGCCCUAGACACCCUACCUGACUCCUUGGAAUCCCAGCUCCUUGACCCUCAGGCCCUCGACCCCCUGCCCAAGUUGUUGGAUGUCCCUGGUCGACGUCUAGAGCCCCAGCAAUCCUUGGGACACUGCCAACUGGCUGAGCCCUUACGCCUGGACUUGUGCUCACCUCAUGGUCCCCCUGGGCCUGAGGGCCACCCCAAGUACGCCUUGAGGCGCACUGAUAGGCCAAAGAUCCUGUGUCGCAGGCGGAAAGCUGGAAGGGGACGGAAGGUGGAUUCAGGACCUGAAGGUCGUCUGCUGCCUCUUCCCAUGCCUACAGGGCUGGCAGCUGCCCUGGCUGAACCCCCACCGCUGCCCCCACCACCACCACCUCCUGCUCUGUCAGGCCCAGUUCCUGAACUGGAGCCAGAGUCCUCUCAAACUCCAAUGGUCCCCACCCGCAAAGGCAAGUGCAGGGGAGUGCGGCGGAUGGUGGUGAAGAUGGCAAAGAUCCCUGUGUCACUAGGGCGGAGGAACAAGACCACGUACAAAGUUUCAUCCUUGAGCAGCAGUCUGAGUGUGGAGGGCAAGGAGCUGGGCCUGAGGGUGUCGUCGGAGCCCACCCCAUUGCUGAAGAUGAAAAACAAUGGCCGGAAUGUGGUGGUGGUCUUCCCGCCAGGUGAGAUGCCUAUUAUUCUCAAGCGAAAGCGUGGCCGCCCUCCUAAGAACCUGCUGCUGGGUCCUGGCAAACCCAAAGAGCCAACAGUGGUAGCUGCCGAGGCUGCCGCUGUGACAGCGGCCACCAUGGCCAUGCCGGAGGUGAAGAAACGGCGGCGGAGGAAACAAAAGCUGGCAUCCCCGCAGCCGUCCUACGCAGCAGACGCCAAUGACAGUAAGGCUGAGUAUUCCGAUGUCCUUGCCAAGCUGGCCUUUUUGAACCGCCAGAGCCAGUGUGCUGGGAGAUGCUCGCCACCCCGAUGCUGGACACCCAGUGAGCCUGAGUCAGUGCACCAAGCCCCGGACACUCAGAGCAUCUCUCAAUUCCUGCACCGGGUGCAGGGCUUCCGGAGGCGUGGAGGCAAGACAGGAGGCUUUGGAGGUAGGGGCGGAGGCCAUGCAGCCAAGGCAGCCCGCUGUUCCUUUAGUGACUUUUUUGAGGGCAUUGGCAAGAAAAAGAAGGUGGUAGCAGUGGCAGCUACUGGGGUUGUGGGUCCUGGUCUCACUGAGCUGGGGCAUCCACGCAAAAGGGGCCGAGGCGAGGUAGAUGCUGUAACUGGGAAACCCAAGCGCAAGAGGCGGUCCCGGAAGAAUGGGACUCUGUUCCCAGAGCAGGUGCCCAGUGGCCCAGGCUUUGGGGAGGCCGGUGCUGAGUGGGCUGGGGACAAGGGUGGUGGCUGGGCCCCUCACCAUGGGCACCCAGGAGGGCAAGCUGGCCGAAACUGUGGUUUCCAGGGGACGGAGGCCAGGGCUUUUGCCUCCACUGGGCUGGAGAGUGGGGCUUCAGGCCGUGGCAGCUACUAUGCUGGUGCACCCUCAGGCCAGACGGAGCUCAGCCAGGAACGCCAAAACCUCUUCACUGGCUAUUUUCGGUCCCUGCUUGAUUCAGAUGACUCCUCUGACCUCUUGGACUUUGCCCUAUCGGCCUCUCGCCCAGAGUCCCGGAAGGCAUCGGGCAACUAUGCAGGGCCUCCCUCCAGUGCGCUGCCUGCUCAGCGGGGGCUUGCCACCUUCCCAAGCCGGGGAGCCAAGGGUAGCCCAGUGGCAGUGGGCAACAGUGGAGCUGGGACAGACCCCUCCUUCCAGCCUGUCCUGCCUUCCCGUCAGACCUUUCCACCAGGCCGGGCAACAAGCUAUGGGAUAACCCCAGCCACUUCAGACUGCCGAGCAGCUGAGACCUUCCCAAAGCUGGCUCCCCCUCCUUCAGCUGUGGCCCGCUCGCCUACAACCCACCCUCCUGCCAACACCUACCCACCUCAGUAUGGUGGCUAUGGGGCAGGACAAAGUGUGUUUGCCCCAGCAAAGCCCUUUUCAGGCCAGGACUGUGCUAAUAGUAAGGACUGCAGCUUUGCCUAUGGCAGCGGCAAUAGCCUUCCUGCCUCACCCAGCAGCGCCCACAGUGCUGGCUAUGCCCCGCCGCCUACUGGGGGUCCCUGUCUACCGCCCAGCAAGGCCUCCUUCUUCAACAGCUCUGAGGGGGGCCCCUUCUCUGGGUCAGCUCCCACACCCUUGCGCUGUGACAGUCGAGCCAGUACUGUCUCACCCGGUGGCUACAUGGUACCCAAGGGCACCACAGCUUCUGCUGCCUCUGCGGCCUCCUCCUCUUCCUCUUCCUUUCAGCCCUCACCUGAGAACUGUCGGCAGUUUGUGGGGGCUUCUCAGUGGCCUUUCCGGCAGGGGUAUGGAGGCCUGGACUGGGCCUCGGAGGCCUUUAGUCAGCUCUACAAUCCCAACUUUGACUGCCACGUCAGUGAACCCAAUGUGAUCUUGGACAUCUCGAACUACACGCCACAGAAGGUGAAGCAGCAGACUGCUGUGUCCGAGACCUUCUCCGAGUCAUCCUCUGACAGCACCCAGUUCAAUCAGCCAGUUGGUGGUGGUUUUAGGCGUGCCAACAGUGAGGCCUCAAGCAGUGAGGGCCAGUCAAGCCUGUCCAGCCUGGAGAAGCUCAUGAUGGACUGGAAUGAAGCAUCAUCUGCUCCCGGCUACAACUGGAACCAGAGCGUCCUCUUUCAGAGUAGCUCAAAGCCUGGCCGUGGCCGGCGGAAGAAGGUGGACCUGUUUGAGGCCUCACAUUUGGGCUUUUCAACAUCCACCUCAGCCACUGCCUCUGGGUAUCCGUCCAAACGGAGCACCGGACCCCGGCAGCCUCGGGGUGGCCGGGGUAGUGGGGCCUGCUCAGCCAAGAAGGAGAGAGGUGGUACAGCGGCCAAAGCCAAGUUCAUCCCCAAGCCACAACCAGUGAAUCCACUGUUCCAGGACAGCCCAGACCUUGGCCUGGACUACUAUAGUGGGGACAGCAGCAUGUCACCACUGCCCUCCCAGUCGAGAGCCUUUGGUGUGGGAGAACGAGAUCCCUGUGACUUCAUGGGACCUUACUCCAUGAAUCCAUCCACACCUUCUGAUGGCACUUUUGGCCAAGGCUUCCACUGUGACUCUCCCAGCCUGGGUGCUCCUGACCUUGACAGCAAGCAUUUCCCACCACUGGCCCACCCACCCACAGUGUUUGAUGCUGGCCUGCAGAAGGCCUACUCACCCACCUGUUCACCGACACUAGGCUUCAAGGAAGAGUUGCGGCCACCACCUUCAAAGCUGACUGCCUGUGAGCCCCUCAAGCAUGGUCUUCAGGGGGCUAGCCUGAGUCAUGCAGCCCAGGCCCACCUGAGCUGCCGGGACCUACCGCUAGGCCAGCCUCACUAUGAGUCCCCUAGUUGCAAGGGUACAGCCUAUUGGUACCCACCAGGUUCAGCUGCCCGCAGCCCACCUUAUGAAGGCAAGGUGGGUUCAGGGCUGCUGGCUGACUUCCUGGGCAGGACGGAGGCUGUCUGCCUCAGUGCCCCUCACCUGGCUAGCCCACCAGCCACGCCCAAGGCCGACAAGGAGCCAUUGGAGAUGACCCGGCCCCCAGGUCCACCCCGUGGCCCUGCUGCAGCCACUGCUGGCUAUGGCUGCCCACUCCUUAGUGACUUAACUCUGUCCCCUGUGCCGAGGGACUCGCUGCUGCCCCUGCAGGACACUGCCUACAGGUAUCCAGGCUUUAUGCCGCAGACACACCCUGGCCUGGGUGGGGGUCCUAAGAGUGGCUUCCUGGGGCCCAUGGCGGAACCUCACCCUGAGGACACAUUUACCGUCACCUCCCUGUAGUACCAACUGAAGUGCCGACUGGACCACGAGGUUUUGUUCCUGGGCCUAGGCAAGAAACACCACAAAACCACUUAUCUCUUAGGAGGGAGGACGUUUGUCUUGUGCUUGGACGAAGAAAGGAGUGGGCCAGUCGUUCGCCCAGGCUUCUACAGGCUCCUGUGUUGUGGCUACUUUGCAAGAACUUUACAGAAUGAACCAUAGGAUUCUUUCUUGACCUCCUAUUCUCAAAAGCUUUUUGUGGGGGGCAGGUGUCUCACUACAGAGCCCUAGCAGGCUUCAUACUCAACCUGUCUAUGUCCCCUGAGUGAUGGAAUUAAAGGUGUAUACCACCCACCAACCCCCAGCCCCUCAAUGCUUUAGAAAAACGUCUUCAGCCUGCUAGUCAGACCCCUGUGGGGCAAAAUCCAGAUUCUAUAAGCAUUGCCAUCUACACCCUGGGAAAAUACAACCCAUGGGGCCUAUCCAGAUAGAAAACCAGUCCCUUUCCUCAAGCCAGGGCUUCUCCAGAGUCCAGUUGCCUGUUCAGAAACACUUGCUUUUGGGUACUAUGCCUUCAUGUUUGAAGUCUGAUUUUUAGGAAAAUAAAGGGCAGAAAAUGAGCCGGGCCAUUGGUGGCUCACACCUUUAAUCCCAGCACUCAGGUGGCAGAGGCAGGUGAAUCUCUGGAGUCCAGCCUGGUCUACAGAGAGAGUUCCAGGACAGCCAGGGCUACACAAAAACCCUGUGUUGAAAAGUCGAAAAAUGUUCCCAAAUAACUGUGAAGAGAAUAGUAGGGUUGAAAGAACUAUCUUCUUGAAGAACAUCCUGUUUCAGAGUCCAGCCACAGCUAGUCCCACUUUGGGGCAAGAGGCCUCUCACAUAGUGGGCCCCAUGAGCCCAUUGGCAGAGGAGUCACUGAGAGCUUUACUAAAACCUUUACUCAUUACUCUUGCUGCCCCAAAGCCUCCUGGGUGUCUUGCUUCUUGGUGGACUAGCUUGUCAUUCCUGCUCUCGAAAGGCCAUUUGAGGUCAGAGUGACUCAGGGUCCUGGAUGAAGUAAAAGUCAGUGGAAACUUAUGACCCCCGCUUUACCAGACCCCAGAUGCCCUGGUGCCUGAGGGUAGCAAAGAGCCAUUGCUGAGAGCCAAGAGGCUCUGGGGAAUACUAGUUCUCUGUGUGGCCACUAGCUUGCUACAUGUCUUUUAAGCUCUUGCCCUUCCCUGGCCUCUGUUUCCCCGUCUGUUUGAGAAAAUUGGCUUUAAUACUGAGUCUCUCACAGGUCUGCAUGGCAAAGACAAUGGCUCAAGCAUUUUUUUUUUUUUCUUUUUUCCGGAGCUGGGGACCGAACCCAGGGCCUUGCGCUUGCUAGGCAAGCGCUCUACCGCUGAGCUAAAUCCCCAACCCCCCCUUUUUUUUUUAGCAGUGUUUUUUCCUUCCUUCCUAAUGAAGCUAAGCCAAGAUUAAAAUGGCCUUGCAUUCUCCAUGCAUCUCCCUGCAAGCAGCAGGGCUGCAGAUCUGAGGCAGGCAAAGGGAGAAGCUGCUUAGGGUUUAAAAUGUCAAACCCUUGAUCCUUCUCACCGGAGGGGAGAUGUCUCAUGGAUAAUCCAGAAAUGAAAUAAUCCCAAAACUGUUCCUCCCAGACUCUGGGAUGGAAAAUGAAUGGGUGUGGGGGCUGGGCGUUUGGGCAGGUCACAGCUCAGCACAGUGCAUAAUAGAACCACCCAGCUAGGCCUGAAUGCAGGAGGAGUUGGGACGCCUUCCAGCCCCACAUUCUAGCCUGUUCCCCACCCAGCACUGGGAGAUAGCAGGGCUGUCCUCACAGGGACGUGUGCAGUCCCAGAGCCGUCUGUGCAGCCCUCCCC